AUGUCCUUGAGCCCCAACAUCCACUCUGAUUUACCGAUUCUCCUUCCAAUCACGGAAGACACGGAAAACACUGACGACCAAACACUAGCAUUCACUCGUUCAAAUCGCCGUCUACAUCCACCUCUAAAGCUCCCCGGCCUUCACUUCCAGACGUCACCUCAACCUGCUGAAACGGAGAAUCCGUUUUCCUUGCGACGCCCGCCUCAACUCCCCCUUCCAACUAUUGAUGAGAUCGCUCCCCACACUGUUCCUCCAACAGAACCGCCGGCGAUGCCGGAGGUUGCAGACGACUUGGACCCAGAGCCACGGGAUGAGGAUGCGGAUGCAUACAGAGAAGCACAAGCCCGCUUUGACCAGGUCCACAGAACUCGUCACGAUCCCUCGACAUUGUCCGGGCGUCGUGUUCUCAAGGUUCCACGCGUUCGUAAACAUCAAUCCUCGUCAGCACGUCGGGAGCGCAAGAUUCGCUCUCGAUCUCACUCGUCAGAUGUGGAUCUCUUGGAUGGGGCGGUGGAAACGUAUUCUCGCGAGCAACGCCUUGGUGGAUAUAUACCAAUGCAGGAAGAGAAGCUUAAGGCAGAGCCAGGCAGUUUCCGACACGGCAAGGCUUCUGGUCCCCCGGCCAAUGUUCCUGGGAUACUGGUUGAAUGCACUGGUGAGAGCAGGCCAGUAACUCCACCGAGAAUAGACGCUGAUACGGGGCGAAUGGAUUGGUGCCAACAAACUCCUCCUCACCAGACUUGUCUUGAGGAAUGCCCUAUGGAUUGGUCUGGGAAUUCACCGCCAGUGCCAGGAGUAGCACCUCCGCCUCCGCCUCCACCAAAUAUUUAUUAAACGUGGAAUCUCCCUUUAAACACGGUUUCUACAGCGGCCCUACCGCACCUUGUUCCCAACGACCUUCAUACUGCAGCUGCAGCUGCUUCUUGUGCGGUGCAUGCUUGGGUUUGCUUCUUGAGCCACCCCUUUUGGCAGGAUUUCGAUCACCAAACAGUUUGCCCGUUGUACUCAUUUUCUAAUAACCAGAGAUACCAUUUAUUUUAUUUUAUUCCCCUUUCCUCCCUUUCCUCCUUCUUGUGUCCUUUUGAUUUUUUUCACCCGGCGUCCGGGGCGUGCAUUUGACGCAUUUCCAUCUUUUUUUGAUUUCCCCUGAAUUUUCGCCUCGCUAUUAUCAUUUUUCCCCUUUCAAAGCGGUGUUUUCGGUUUCA